CUUUUUUAAUACACCAACGGUCAUUCACGGAUUAACGGAAAAGCUGCUGGAUAUGGAGGAGCGAGUUCAGAAUGUUCGGCGUGGUGCCCCUCACCUCACGGCCCGCGCGCCGACGGGUUAAUAAUUGCAAACACAACUGCGGUUAAACCCUUUCAGGGCCGACACGGCCGCUGACGUGAGAUGCCGGCUCAGACUGCGAAAUGAACAGGAGGCUAAGUUCACGACUUUCACUGACAACAAAGCCCCCGUUAAAGCUCUGUCUGCUGGUUCAGAACCGUGCUCCAACACCUGUCAACCGGGGGCGAGGUGGCCUAUCACCAAACUGACCAGGAAAGUGAGAAACAGUAAACCUAUUAAAACUUCUGAAAGAAAAUCCCCAGUUUUGAUAUUCAAUAAACCAACCGUAGAUAGUUUUCGGGACGGGGCGGGUAAGGGGCGGGUCUAGAGCGCUACCCUUCAGCUCGAGCGGCUUAACACAGCAGCGACCGCAGCGGCUAAAUGACAGCCUGUCAAAGUCUCAUGUCUUCUUCGUUUUAACAACUAUUCUGGAUUACAAGAUGUCCGUUGGAGCGAAACACCGUUGGGAAACAGACGUUUUUAUUCUGUAGAGUUUUGUUUCUUUGAUUGUUUGAGAAGACAUCGAAUAUGUUGAAAGACAGAUUCAGAGAGAGAUAAAGAGAGAGAGAGAGAGCAAAUUCCGUGGGAUAGAUUCACUCAUCCAAAGCUGUAACAACGCGGUUGCUAAUAGAGUUAUCUGGCGUUUCGACCAGUGGAUAAAACAUCUGACAAGAUAACCCUUGUAGCUUUGACGGAAGGAGCAUAGCCCUUGGAAAGUCAGGGUGGUCCUAACCUGGGAGCUUGUCAUGAUUGAUGACUUGUCAAGACCUCAAGCGGAGUGUAACUGAGCUGACCCUUGACCUUUACUCAGCAUGACACGGACCCUAGAGUGGAUACCAGGAACGCUGUGAUUCCCUGACUGGCUGGUCCAGGAACAUCCGCCUGCCAUGCUCCAACAGAGACCCCCCACCGUGUGCCAACUUACCCCAGCGGGGUGGCGAAUCCUGGGGUGAGAGCGAGGACAACCUCCCCUGGGCUGUCCCACCUCCACCAGGCCAAGCAGCUCACAGUCAGGAAAUGAUUUAGACCAACCCGCCCAGACAUCAAGAUGAUGGCCUCAGUGGUUGCCAGUGGCAAAAGGAAGAAGUCAGUGAUCCUGAACGGGGUGGACCCAGAGACAUGCAUGAUCGUCUUCAAAAACCACUGGGCUCAGGUGGUGAAGAUCCUGGAGAAGCACGACCCGAUCCGUAGCGGGAGCCAGUGGUUUGGAUCAGGCGGUGGGUCUGCGGGUGGGGGUCUUCGGCUCGGCCCAAUCCCGUGUGACGAGGCCAGCGCCGUCCAGAACUAUGUGGAGCACAUGCUGUUCCUACUGAUGGAGGAGGAGCCAGGCCAGGGAGGAGCUAUGGGAGCCAUCCUGGAGUUGGUGGUUCUAGAGGGAGUCAUGGAGAGGCUGUUCCUCUGGAGUCUGAGGAGACAGUUCACUGAUGACAUGAAACUGGAACAGCUGCGGAUGUACCAGAUGUUAUUAGCUCAGGCUAGACAACCGUUACUGCACCACAAACCUGUCCUGCGACCUCUGAUGAUGCUGCUGUCCUCCUGCGCCGGAGCUGGGAGUGGAGGAGGAGGAGCUGGGAGUGGAGGAGGUGGUUGUGGAGGAGGGGCGGUGGAAGCAGAGUUGGUCCUCCUUCUCAACCAGCUGUGUGGUGCUCUGGCUAAAGACCCUUCGGUGUUAGAGUUAUUUUUCCACACCAGCGAGGACCAGGGGGCCGCCAAUUUCCUGCUGUUCUCCCUGCUAAUCCCCUUCACCCAUCGGGAGGGCGUGGUGGGACAGCAGGCCCGAGACGCCCUCCUGCUCAUCAUGGAGCUGUCGGCCUCCAACCCCCGGGUGGCUCGGCACAUCGCAGACAACACAUACUUCUGUCCUGUGCUGGCUACAGGUCUCAGUGGUCUGUACUCAUCUCUGCCUGCUAAGCUCCUGGUGUACAGUGAAGACUGGUACUGUCUGGAGAGGGCAGACUGGAGUCAGGUGCCAGCUCUGGUCCAGUUCUUACACUCACUGGAGUUCUGCUGCUCUGUCAUUAAGGUGGCCCAUCAGUCUAUCAGAGGCCAGUUGUUGGGGUACAUAUACAAUGGCUUCCUGGUUCCUGUCCUUGCUCCCGCUCUGCACAAGUGUACUCUAGAGGAGGUGAUGACCACCACAGCUUACCUGGACCUCUUCCUCCGCUCGGUGUCUGAGCCCGCCCUCUUACAGACCUUCCUGUCCUUCUUGCUUCAGCACACACAUGACAACGUCCAUAUCCUGGACACUCUGGUCUCCAGAGUCAACACACCUUUUCAGCUAGGUACAGUGUCCCUGUCGCUGUUCAGGACUCUUAUUGGACUGUUCUGUGAAGACGUGAUGCUGCAGCUGGUACUGAGGUAUUUGAUUCCAUGUACACACCUGUGUGGGAGAGAGCGUGGCUCGUUGAAGGACAGAGACUAUUACUCUUCAUCCGCGGCUAAACUCCUCUCCCUCACUCCAUCCUGGUGCCCUCUGAGGGGCCCUCAUGGGACCAGAUGCGGACACACAGAACCCGCGGAACCCGCGGAACGCAUCCUCUGGGCUAAAGGAGCGGAGGCCUUCUUGUCAGAAUGUGACAGAGUGAGUUACUCCCGGACCUGCAGGCCGGACCUCCUGAUGGAGGCCAACUACCUCCAGUACCUCUGGGACGCGCGGGUCGGCAUUGCCACCUCACUCCAGGCCUGCCGGGUCUGGUCCGCCCCGUACGAUGGAGAGAACCCAGGUCCUCUGGACAUGGAGGAGGAGGAGAAGAAAUACGAGGAGGAGGAGGAGGAGGAGCAGGAUGGAGGGUUCACCCCAUCCUUUUCUUCACCCAGCCCACCUCCUUCCCCCUCCCUCCUCUCCCAUCCUGUUGUCAUGGGUAACCAACCGAGAGGGGACCGGGGAGGGAGGGUGAGUGUGAUGGAGUUGGAGUGGGAUGAUAGCUUCGAGUGGGAUGACGGCACCCUUGCCCCCUCAACUCCCGCGCCCCCGGUCCCCCUCGACCCCCCGCAGCACAUCCAGGACAUGAGGAGGUCCGCCAUACUGCUGGUACAAGGCUCCUACAUUGAGGAAUCUGACUUCCAGGACGAUGUGCUGGUCUACAACCUGAUCGCCCAGAGAGACGCUGACCGGUUCGUGGAACAUACCGCCGCCCGCCGGGCCGCUCCACCGAGCCAGGACAUUGUCCGUAAGAGCGCCGUCUCGAACGCACGUGGUCGGGUUCGUGGAGCCCAGGGAGUAGAGGAGGAGGUUGUGAGAAAGGAAUUGCAUUUACAACCACAUUUCAGAAACCUGAGCCCUGAGAACCAUGCGGUCAGCGAGGAGGACCAGGCGGUCAGCGAGGAGGACAACAGUUAUAAUAGGAAUGGCAACCUGAGGAGUCUGACCAGCGACCAGAAGCGAACCACGGCUGGUCACCCGGUUCGGACCACUUCAGAGAACCACAACCAGCUGAAUGGUUUCCCUGUGACCAGGAAGCAACAGCACAACAACAUGACCGCAUCUGAACCAGAUACCACCCCAGUUACCCCCCCGCUGGUCAGUGACGACUUCCUGUCCCAAUACCGUGACCUGAUGCAUUCACUGGGGGCGGAUCCGGAUGACUUCAGUGACGACAUCACAGAGUUCAGAAGGCGUGUGCUGGAUCUAGCGGAAGGAAAAGAGGAGGAGUUGGACUUUGGCUUAUUCUCAGCCAUUCCCACGGAACCUGAAGAUGCCAAUGGGGUUCAGGAGAAUAGUCUGGAAUCAGAGAAUAGUCUAGAACCAAUGAGGAAUAGCCAAGACAGGAAACAUGCGACACCGUUCACUGGUCCAUUCAUCAGUGUUCUUCUUUCUCGGUUGGAGAACCUUUUGGAGAACCCUAUCCCAGUUAACUUGCUGGUCACAGGCAUCUUAUCCCAACUGGCCAUGUACCCCCAACCUCUCCUCCGUGCAUUCCUGUUCAACACAAACACCGAAACACACCCCACUGUCCGCACGCUAUACCAGGUGCUGGUGUCUGUGCGUGGUCAGAUAGAGCAGUAUGCCGCUGCCAGACCUGAGUUCCCUGCUACAGUCAGAGAGGCAUGGAGAUACCUGCUGGCUAGAGACCAAGACCUGAAAUAUAGAGAGCUACAGCAGGGGAACCAUGGAGAGGGUGUUCUUCCUAACGGAACCCAAGUCCCUCGCAUUGUUCCGCCCUGUCCUAAGAUCCCUCCACAGGCCCGGAAUAGAGUGUUCGCUGCGGUUCUAUAUGCAGAGUUCUUAAAGGAACUGGCCGCCAUCGCUCAGGAACAUUCUAUAGUACCUGGGUCCUCCAUGGAGGAAUGGAGAAUAUAAUGUUUGGACUGCUGAGUGUGUGAAUACCUAUGUAUACAUGUUAUACACUUACCCUGGGUUAUAAAUAACUAUGUAUACAUGUUAUAAAUACCUAUGUAUACAUGUUAUACACUUACCCUGGGUUAUAAAUAACUAUGUAUACAUGUUA